AUUUUAAAAGGGCGACAAGCCAUUCUGCAUUGCAUUCAGCUCGUUUCUAUUACUCGAUCAGUCCUUGAGUUAAUUCAUUUGAAUUGUUGCAUAGGUCUCACUAUGUCAACCUCAGCUGGUGCCAAUCGUGAUUCCGUGAGCCACCCUGCCAAUGACGGAGACGCCGUUUUGAAUACUGCCGGGAGUGAGAUCCAUGCGGCGGACGAGCAAUUGGAUGUGGAACUGCAGAAUCAGCUUGAAGAAGAGGAAUCCGCUCAAGUAGAAACCAAGGAUGAAGGAGGUGACACGGAUGCUGCUCCCCUCCACGAACAUUCCGAAGCUGAGGUUCAAGCCCUUGAUGAGCAGCAGCAGCAGCCAAAGGGAGAACCUACCUACUCUAUAAACCCUUUACCACCAGAGGGAGAGUACCUGGAUAUGGACCAGCAGAAACAGCCAGAUCAAAACAAGACCCAUUUACCACCAGAGGGAGCGUACCCAGAUGAGGAGCUGCAGAAAUGGCCAGAUGAAGAUAAAACCCAUUUACCACCAGAGGGAGCUUACCCAGAUGAGGAGCCGCAGGAACAGCCAGAUCAAAACAAAACCCGUUUACCACCAGAGGGAGCGUACCCAGAUGAGGAGCUGCAGAAACAGCCAGAUGAAAAUAAAACCCAUUUACCACCAGAGGGAGCAUACCCAGAUGAGGAGCUGCAGAAACAGCCAGACGAAGAUAAAACACACUUUUUUCGUCCAGAGGGAGAGUACCUGGAUGUGGAGCUGCAGAAGCAGCCAGAUGAAGACGAAGACAGCGAAAAAUACACACAAGAAGAGCUGGAACGUUUGAGAGGACCUCUCACUGAAUCCUUCUCGGAAAAGCCGGAAGACCAAGAGAACCCAAGAAUGACAGGACCUCCAGCCAACUUGAAGGUGUCGUUUGAUGUAGCUCCACCCAAAGAGCACAUUUUACCACCUGAGGAGGAAGGAAACGUUGCACGCAAGAAGCCUGGAAAGCUGAGGUUCUCGGAGCGUCUCAAGGAGGUCUCCAGCUUGCGACCCUUGGUCAUAUACUUCGCAGGAGAAGAUGACCAACCUGGUACUACCGAUAGCACCGGGAAAAGUCGCUGGACGAGUUCCCUGGGUUCCCUGGGUUCCCUAGCCUGGGUGGUUACUAAAGAGCGGUCUUCCCAGCUAUGGCUCAGUGGGAGGUCCGAUGCUACACCGCUCCAGUACUAUCGCAACAAAGAAGGAGAAGAGUUCAGCAACCAGGACUAUCGCAGAUCACUCAUGGCAAGCGAAGUCUUAGCUUUAUUGUGUUGUCUAUUGAUCUUCGCUGCAGUGGCGGUUCCUAUGCUGGUUUGCGGUGGUAUGGGAUUGUGUCGAGCGAAGAAAAGCGGCAACGGUAACGAUCACGCUAGCAAUGUCCUACACACUGAGUUUCCUACAAUGGCACCGACUUCCAUCAUCCCACCAGAUACCACCAUGCCACCCAUUGCAAUCUUACUGAACAUGACCCGCGACACCAUAAGCAAUACUGAGGAUACCCAUGGGUUCGUCACCAUCAAUCUUGGCACAACAGGGGCUACACUGGAUGUUCCUGGAUACACAGUCCCAAAGCUGGAAGAUCCACUCUCUCCACAAUCCAAGGCAUACAUGUGGAGUGGUUAG